AUAGCCCCCAGAUGACCAUGCCAGCAGGCUAGCUCCCCCCUCGCUGUUCACUACUGCCUUUUUUUAAUCUAAAUGCCCGCUUUGUGAGCAGGGGCCAUAAAUAGCAGAGGAAGUGCUCCUGCCACAGUCAUUCUCUGCCUCCACAACUCCUCAGCCUUCAGCAUGCGAACCCUAGCCAGUGCACUCCUGCUGUCCUGCUCCUUCUGGGCAUCUCUUGCCCAGAGUUAUGAUGAAGAAGAACAGAGAAGAGGCGCCUGGAAUGACCCCAUCCAGUUCAUCACUAAAGCCAAGGAUCAGUGCUCCAUGAUAAUCACAGGACAAGAAGACCUGACCAAACUGCGCAUCUCCUGCCAGUCCCGGGCUGGAUCCUACUGGUGCGAGUACCAGGGCAGACCGCACCUUUGCCGUCCCUACAACAGCAACCCACGCCACUUCUUCACGCAGAUCAUGUGGGACCUGCGCAAGCUGAGGAACGCCUGCCAGGGCAGGACUGUGCUCAAGAACUUCAUGUGCAGCAAAGCUACUCAUGAGGCUCAAAUGGUCUUCGCCUCUUCUUCUUCAUCCUACGAUGUGCCCAGAGACGAACUAGUCCAGCCAGACGCCAGGCAGGUUGGCACUGACUAUCCUAAAUCUGAUCAAGACAGGCCAGAACCAAUUAGACCAAUCAAGCCAUCCAGACCCCGGCCAGAGAGGCCAGGACAACCCAGACCCAGCCAGAGAAAGCCAGGUCUCAAACCUGGGUUCAGCCCGAGAAGACCAAUGAAGCUGUUGAAGUCAAAGACGAGUACAGCACCAACGCCAACACCAACUCCAACCACACCAGCAACCAUAAGCAAAGCGAAGAAGCUGGCGCAGAAACACUGCUGGCCCUCCCUACAGUCCGCCUGUUCUUAUGUGAUUGGCUGGUUUACAUACGGUGACGAGGUAGAAAAUGAGAUCAGUACUACUUAAUAUAAACCUGAUGGGAUUUCCUGACAUUGUGUGGAAUGGAAAGAUAUUUUAUUGUAUACGUCAGUUAUAUAAACUCGUACAGAAUGAAGGAGGUCCACUAUUGUUCAGUGUAUGAGAAGAUUAAAUACAGUGUUUACAUAUAUUACAUGUAUAUAUAUAAGACUAAAAUCCCAGAAUGUGUGUAUGAGAAUGUGCUACACACACCUGUCUAGAGGUUUCUGGGAAUAAGUGACGUGAAUAAGUGUACUAUUAGACAGAUAAUACUUUGCUCAGAUGUACUUUAACUGUGUAACUGUAUGUGAUGAACUGUAUCAUGUAUGAAUGUUUUUUUAUAAAUGAUAAAUAAAUGUUUAUAUAUAUUGUUAA